GCCGAGGCCAACGUCGUGGUCAGCGUGGCUCAAAGGACACCAACGCCAUGCGUCGCUCCCCGACACGACCUUUGGAAGCUAUAAGAGCUGCCCGACGCUUUUUCGUCUGUCGCCGUCUUUUUCUCUUUUCCUCACGCUCUUUUCUUCCCUAUUUCUUCGCCUCUUACGCCGCCAUUCGCGUCUGCAUCGUGCCCCGCCCUUUGGCCUCGUUCGGCAAUCCACUACUGCAGGAGUAUGAAGCCUCGUGAUCCAUCACUAGGCUGGCUAGGCCUUACCCACUCGAAGAUGGUGCUGUGGGAUCGACCGUGGGGCUGGAAUCUGUUUCUCCCGGGACAGGCGUGUCUCCGACCUCACUAUUUGCACAGGCAACUCGAGCGUUGUGUCUCAAAGCACAGCAUGUACGGCCGCAACAAAGAGCAGACCAGAAGAAAUGCACAGCUCGCUUCCGCUUGGGAGGCUGCGACGGUCUGCGGCGGUCUGUCCGCGACGACGGCAACCAGGAAAAAGCGCGACGUUUGCGGAACAUGGAUGAGCCUGGCAUAUGGCCAUUUCUGGCAGACGCCACAAGGGCGAGCUUCCCUGCAAAUACUUCUCACGCUCUAGACCCCCGUGUCGGUUGCUGGACGCUUCUGGCGGAGCCUACUCCCUUCUCCGCGCUCUCCAAGCAGGUUCGGCAGCGUUCGUGACCUGGCACGACGUAAAGCGAGUGUCCACCGAUGCCGCCCGUGGCACGCCCGGGCGCGUGACACUUUCCCGCCCCCACCCGUUCCCACCUGCAUCAGAAUAUUGGAGUGCGCUAUCACCAUCCGCGGAAGCUGUUGGGCGUGGAGGACCGUGCGCCAUGUCAUGAGCGUGCACGUGGAGGUGGGCAGCGGCAAAGGGAGAAGCCGAUGGAUUAUUCAGUGGAAUUUCUGAGCGUGGGAAUGCGUCGAUGACAGUUGCGCGGCUGUCGCGAAGGCAAAUUUCGCAUGUGGGCAUGGACCGAGCGGGGAUCAAGCACUAGGCUCAACCAGGCGAUUACCUUGACGGUCCACCUCUUAUGAACAACACACCUCCGUCGCUCCCUUAUAUCAGCCCGCUCCCUUCGCUUGUCGCUCCAGAUCAUGUCUGUCUCUACAACUCCAUCAACCGCCGCUCCGUCUCCUCGAGGCUCUGUGCCUCCCCUCGACGCGUCACAGCGUCGCUUCGGCUCUCCAUCGUCCAUCGUGUCCCAAGACUCGCGGCCAACGACGCCGCUCAGCAUACAGCUAGACGACUAUGGUCCCAUGCUUGAACGUGAGAAGGACUUUUGCACCAACUUCAGCUGCUGCGGGCUGACCCUGCCAGACAUGCAUGCCCUCCUCGACCACUUUGAAGAGUCCCACGUCGUUGUCAUCGGCGCCGAUGGCAGGCCCGUGUACCCUGCCCCUCCUUCCCCAUCACCCGCAUCUUCUUCGCUAUCAAAUACGGCAUUAUCAAGCCCUAGCUCUCCUUAUUCAAGGUAUCUCCCCCACCUCGCUGGAUAUUCGUCGUCUCGCGCACCCGUCGCCAGCAUUGUCAUCGACUACCCGAAGCCGUAUCCGCCAAGCGAAUACCAAAUGGCCACAUCGCCGUUUGCCGACGUCCUCGAUAGUGGGCUCGGCCUCGAUUUUGGCUUCCCCGAUAUUGCAGACCCUUACGACCCGUUUGGCUUCGAGGCGCAAAACGCGCUCGCUCCUGCAAUCGAGGUCGGCCCGCCAUCACCCGUGUCGCCUGCCUCGCCUACGCUUAGCACUGCUCCAAGCAUAUUCGACAGCUUGACGGCGUCAACAGCGUCGAGUCCCGUCACGUCUGCCUUCUCUUCCCCGUCUCCGAAACUGGGCGAAGCCGCAUGCUUGCCACCCUUGCCCUUCUCGCCAAAGCCUAGCGAACCCACCUGCGUGCCGCCGGCAAUGCUUGAGAACCCGCAGCCGCGUGCCGACGGCACUGCUGCCUCGCCCAGCCAGUCUGUGUCCCCGGAGCCGUGCAGCAUCCCACUCUCACUCUCGCGCCGCCAGCCGUAUUAUCGCGCUGAAACGGCGCCGUCGCCGUCCCCGACGCCAACCGCGUUCCGGCCGUACUACUCGCCCGCGCCGUCACCGUCGUCGUCGCGGCCGUCGCGUGCGGGCCAGGUGAAGGCGGAGCUCCUCGACCAGCCCGCGCACAGCAUCAAGAUCAGCGGGCGACGGAAGGACCGCGACCGCGAGAAGCAGUACCGGUGCCCGAACGCGAGCUGCACGAAGCGCUACCUGAACCCGAACGGACUCAAGUAUCACGUCGAGAAGGGCACGUGCACGGACAAGGGGCCGCGGCCGUACGUGCGGAAGGCUGGCGCUGCUGGUCACUCCCCUGUGGCGGCGGCGUGAGCGAUGCUAUGUCGCCUGCCUCCGCUCGCGGUUCUUCGUUAUUAAUUGUAUCAUUAAUGUGUACCAGGGCCUCGCCUUCGCUUUCUGCCCAUGCGCGUGCGCAUAUGCUCAUGCACCCACCCCUUUAUCCGUCAAUAGACUGUACGCAUUAAAGAUGCUCGUAGUUGUCUCCCUUCCUUUCCAUAGAGUAGGCUCCUCAUUAGUGUUGUAGGCUUUUUUUGUUGGUGCAUCGCAGUACGUUGUUGUCGCGGGGCCCGUUUGAAACGAGGGCGCCUGCGGCCUUGAAAGUAGUAUAAAAGGAUUUUGUAGUUAUACCUCCCUGUAAUAUACUUGGGUAAUGAA